CUCUCGCAGUCUCGCAGCUCCGUUUAACAGGUCCCCUUCCUCUGCCGCGCUGUCCUUCAUUCGCUUCCCAAAUUACCGAUCUGCCCUCCCUCCCCCGCGCUCCUCCGAUCUCUAACAUUUAAAACGUCGUAAUUGGCAAUGAAGAAAUACAAAUCUCUUUUUUUUCCUUUUGUGAAAUAAAAUCCUCGAAAAGUUGUAAGCAGUGGGCAAUUUGGUCAAUAAUGAUUUUACGCGGUUGGUGGGAGGGUAUUUUUAUUCUUCUCAUAUAAAACAAAAAACAACAGUGCAGUAGUGACUCUAACUUCUGAGCCGCACCCUUUCCGUUUGUGUGGUUAGUGAGUAAGAGUAAAUCAGUGCAAGUUCGAGCAAUGGCUGCGGAAGAUGGUAAGGACCCUCGUCUUGCUAGAAUUUCAUCUGCUAUCAGAGUCAUACCGGACUUCCCCAAGCCAGGGAUCUUGUUCCAAGAUAUAACCACUUUGCUUCUCGAUACCAAGGCUUUCAAGGAUACCAUUGAUUUGUUUGUUGAGAGGUACAAAGACAAAGAAAUCUCUGUUGUUGCAGGUAUUGAAGCUAGAGGCUUUAUAUUUGGCCCUCCUAUUGCAUUGGCCAUUGGGGCAAAAUUUGUGCCUAUGAGAAAACCAAAUAAGUUGCCCGGGAAGGUUAUUUCUGAAGAGUACUCUUUGGAGUAUGGAACAGAUAUAAUGGAGAUGCACGUGGGAGCUGUAGAAGCGGGAGAGCGUGCCCUGAUCAUAGAUGACCUCAUUGCAACAGGGGGAACCUUGGGUGCUGCACUCAGGCUUCUUGAGCGUGUUGGAGUGCAUGUGGUUGAGUGUGCCUGUGUGAUUGAAUUGCCAGGGCUAAAGGGACGGGAGCGAUUGGGGGACAAACCAUUAUUUGUUCUAGUUAAUGGAGACGCAUGAGCAUGGUUCUGUUGUUGGACGGAAAUUUCUUUGUCGUUUGAGUUCCUGGUUUUUGGAGCUGCAGAUUUCAAAAACAACAACUUUGUUGUUAGCAGGGGCUUAUGGUUGUUGAUUAUGAAGUGUUUGUUUACAUUCGAUGAUUGAAGAGAAGAAAAGAAAAGAAACUUGGUAGAUGUAUGUUAUAUGUACUAAGAAUAAAUAAUUUGUUGCUUUUCUAUUUUCCCUUGUGAUUUGAACAUCAAGUCACCAAAGUAAAAUGAUCUCAAUUAUCUCUUAUCUCA